ACCCAGUGUCUUGUCCUCCUGCGCCCCCUGCUGGGUGAAAACAGGAGCGUUUGGCGAGGGAAGUGCCACCGUGUCCAAAGGUCAGUCUAUGAAACCUCCAAUCUGGAUCGAGGCGGUAACAACAGGAAGAAGAAGAUAGAGGAAUUCUCUAGGUCUUCUCGGGAGAAACUAGUCCAGUCGAAGAACAAAAUGUUCUCCAAAUUCACGUCCAUUCUCCAGCACGCCGUGGAAGCGCUUGCCCCCUCGCUGCCCUUACAGGAGGACUUUGUCUAUCACUGGAAGGCCAUUACACAUUAUUACAUUGAGACUUCAGAUGACAAAGCUCCAGUCACAGACACCAACAUCCCAUCCCACCUGGAACAGAUGCUGGACAUCCUGACACAGGAGGAAGGGGAGAGGGAGUCUGGAGAGACGGGACCCUGCAUGGAGUAUCUCCUACACCACAAGAUCCUGGAGACUCUCUACACCCUGGGCAAGGCAGAUUGUCCUCCAGGGAUGAAGCAGCAGGUGCUUACUUUUUACACAAAGCUGCUAGCGCACAUUCGUCAGCCUCUCCUGCCACACAUCAAUGUCCACAGACCUGUACAGAAACUGAUCCGUCUGUGCGGGGAAGUGCUGGCUGCUCCUACAGAAAACGAAGAGAUUCAGUUUCUUUGUAUAGUCUGUGCCAAACUGAAGCAGGACCCAUACCUAGUUAACUUCUUCCUUGAGAACAAGUCAAAGAGACCUGAGACAAAGAGUUCUGGAGGGACAGAGGUGGUGAAGGAGAAUGCGUUGGCUCCAGACACUGGUCAGUCUCAAACAGAGGAACAGGCUGCAGCCUCAGAGGAGCCACAGGCUGCAGCUGCUGCAUCCACCUCUAGUCCAACCACUAACAACAAUAACAGUAACAAUUACAAUCUCGUCACCUCCCUGCUCAACCUCACGAAGAGCCCUGAUGGCAGGAUAGUGGUGAAGGCCUGUGAGGGCCUGAUGCUGCUGGUCAGUUUACCAGAGCCUGCAGCUGCCAAGUGUUUAACAGAAAACACUGAGCUUUGUGAGCUUCUGACUGACAGGCUGGUCUCCUUCUAUAAAGCUCUGCCUCAGUCCAUGGACCCCUUGGACAUUGAAACAGUGGAGUCAGUCAAUUGGGGUCUGGAUGUAUAUAACCUGAAGGAGGAUGCUGCCAUCUUCACAGGAAAGAGGCCUCUCAUCUCCUUCCUGUCCUGGCUAGAUUACUGUGAUCAGCUCAUCAAGGAGGCUCAGAAGUCAGCAGCUGCAGUGAUGGCAAAGGCAGUGAGAGAAAGAUUCUUUGUGUCUGUUAUGGAACCACAGCUGAUGCAGACGUCUGAGGUGGGCAUCCUGACCUCCACAGCUCUGCUGAACAGGAUCAUCAGGCAGGUGACAUCGGAGGCUCUGCUGCAGGAGAUGGUUUACUUCUUGCUGGGAGAGGAGAAAGAGCCCGAGACUGCAGCCACUAUUGCUCAGAAUCCACUCAGACACAGACUCAUUGAGCACUGCGACCACCUGUCAGACGAGAUCAGCAUCAUGACGCUGCGCCUAUUUGAGCAACUGAUCCAGAAGCCCAGCCAGCACAUCCUCCACAGCUUGGUGCUGCGCAGCCUGGAAGAGAGGAACUACCUGGAGAACAAACCGCAGGAGGAGCGGGAGCCCCUGGAGAACGGGCAGCCCCAUGAUGCCGUAGACCUUGAGGAGGAUCCACUGUUUGGUGAUGACGUCUCUCCAGACAGCAGGCUGUCUGGUUCUGAGUGGCUCAGCGCCUCUCCACCACAGAGUCCAGACCACUCAAAGUCUGAUGGGAAGACAGAGGUCCACAAGAUAGUCAACAGUUUCCUUUGUUUGGUGCCCGAUGAGGCAAAGUCAUCGUACCAUGUUGAAGGCACAGGAUAUGACACCUACCUCAGAGAUGCACACAGACAGUUUAGGGACUAUUGCGGGGUCUGCCAGCGCUGGGACUGGAGAGGAAAUCCAAAGCCUUUUGAGAAGUGCAACUUGGACAGCCCAUUCUUCGAGGGCCACUUCCUCAAGGUUCUCUUCGACAGAAUGGGGCGCAUCCUAGAUCAGCCCUACGAUGUCAACCUGCAGGUGACUGCUGUGCUGUCCAAGCUGUCUUUGUUACCACACCCACACUUGCACGAGUACCUGCUGGACCCUUACAUCAACCUGGCCCCUGGCUGCAGGUCUCUGUUCUCUGUCAUCGUCAGGGUUGUGGGUGAUCUCAUGUUGAGGAUUCAGCGCAUCCCUGACUUCACACCCAAACUGCUGCUUGUGAGGAAGAGAUUAUUAGGUCUGGAGCCGGAGGGCAUCACCAUUGACCACAUGACUCUUCUAGAGGGAGUGAUCGUGUUGGAAGAGUUCUGCAAAGAGCUGGCAGCCAUCGCCUUCGUCAAAUACCACGCAGCUUCCUCCUCCUCGCCGUAAUCUUCCUGCUGUUCAUCCAUCUGCCACGGCCAGGCAGAUGGGUCAAGAUUAAACUGGGCCUUUUGGGGGUGUGCUGGUACCGGUGGCACAGGGUCGGCAAAACAUUACCACUAACCGCUCAUCCCUGCAGGACUGUUAAAAGCCCACACGGACGGGUUUCAUCGCUUCCCCCCUCGUCGGGCCUCUCGGACUCCAUCAUAAAAAAAAAGUCUUUGGUCUCAUUUUCGAGCAGGUCAGAGCAACAGACACUGCCCAGCCAGCAGAGGAAUGAAGAGGAGGGAAGGAUAGAGGUCGAAGUGCAGAGAGAUGGUCACUGGACUCUUUUCAGCCUCUGAGUUUUCUCUCACUCACCAUCUUUCUUCCUCAGCAGCCAAAAGAUGAUCGCCCUGUAAUUAUGAUAUCAAGGAGAAGAGAUGUUUGUGUAUUUAUUUCCCGUUUCCAUUAUCACCCAUUUGUAAAGAUCAUUGCCUUAGUGUGGAAUCACACCUUUCAGUUACACGAGAUUGUUUCCUUUUGAAACAUUUUUAUCUUGAACUCCUCACGUGUUGUCUGUUUGAAGACAAGAGGCUGUAGAGACAAAUGCCCACUAGCUUCAACUCCUAUAUGUACCUGUAGUUACAUACAUAUUGAACUGCAGUAUUUACGAUGCUGCACUCAUAUUUUAUAUGCCAAGUCCUCUUAUUUAUUUGCUUUCAGGUUGCCUUUGUAACUGUCAUCUUAAGAGAAAUGAAUUUUAAAACAGUCAAAGUAAGGACUGACUAAGCAGUUGCUUAUUUCUUUUGUUGUCCUCGUCUUUCCUCAGUUUGUCUCCUUCAAAGCUCGUCUGUAAUCACCCAAAGAUGUCACCCUCGAAGUGGUGACUUUUUGCAAAUGUGAAUUUGCACACGGAUCUCACUGCAUUGCACUCGUUACAUUAUUUAAGUUUAUUCAUGCUUUGCUGGGCUGGCUUUUAGGAAAAUGUCCAGAUGACAUUUGUGGGAAGAGACAUGUUGUUUUUGAUUCCAAACCCAGUGUUGUAUUUCUCACGCACCAGUGUUUAUUUUAUCCAAGAGAUACUGUUAUUGUUUUUGCACCCUUUAUAAUUCUCUAAUCAUUCAUGGAGGGGGCGGGGGAAGCAGACAAGCAAACCUCUUGAUUUUAGUUUUCUUUUAGAAUUUGAGUUUCUUAAAAACACUAACUUCAGACAUGCUGCGUUCCCAACCUUUGAGCUUUGCUGCAAGUUAAUAGUUCAGCCAGUGUGGUGGUUGUUUUUAUUUGAAAUGAUCAAAUCUGUAAAAGAAACCUCGCUCCCCCUUAAAGUUCCUCCAGACGUCCUUAGAGGUGUUGUGUUUACUAGCAGUAUUACCUUUUCAUUCUCAUGUUGAAUGACAUGCUCACGGUGCUGUGCAUUGUUGGAACGGGUUGUUUGGUUGUUUAUCGCCUGGAUAUUUGAGGAGGGCAAAGUCUCACCUCACCGGUCUGUGAUUCAUUACCUAAGAUUUGAAUUAGUCUAAAUUGAGAUGCUACUUAAUGCAACUUUGGUUCUUGUAUUAUGUUCCCUGUGUGAAUGAUUGGUAAGUGUGUAUGGCAUUGAGUUUGUUUAUCUGCGAGUGAAAUGAUUUCUUAAUGCGGUGGAGAAUGGACAGUCAUUCAUUGAAGCCAUGAGUCCCUGGUCUUGAGUUUUCUUUCCCCUCUUUCACACCCAUCACUCGAGCACCUCAACUACAUUAUGCAACUGCUUGCAUGGAAUCAGAUUUGCACAUCUUCAUCCUUGUUCAUAAUGUAAAUAUACACAGACACAAAGCUUUUCUUUUUUUCCAAAAAUGUUUUGUUUCAUAAACCAAAAAAAAAAAAAAAAAAAAAAAUCUAGGAUGUGCCGGGAGUAACAAUUCUAUUUUAAUGGGAAUCUUUUUUUAAAUUAUCAAUCAUGCACAUUUUUUAAUCAACUAUCUUUCCAACUUCUUCUGUACAUUUGUAUAUUGUAUGUGUACAAUAGCAAUAGAGAUAUACUACCUGGCGUAAUUGCAUGCUUACACAUUAUUUUUCAUCGUUGAAAGAAAGAGAGAAAAAAAAAGGCAGUCCAGCCAUCUGUGAUGAUUUCUUAGCUGUCAGCACUUUGUUCGUUGAAGACACUGACAGGGAGAUAUGAUGCCUUACUUCACACUGUGGAUCUCUGAGGACUCCUAGAAUCGAUGUGUCAGGGGUUUCUGCUUCACCACAGUCUGUUGUGAUCUUAUUAUGCCUAUCUCUUGUGUUACAUAGACUCUGUUUAGUUCGGGAAGAUGUAAAAGACUCGGUAUAGUCAAAAAAAAAUCUGAUGCCAACUGAUUAAUUUUCUUGUGUCAGCUUAGACCAAUCACUGUAUGAUGUUGCUGCAUUCUUUCAUGUUCAUCGCUGCUUUCCCCUUUGUGUGUCUCAUUAUGCUUCAUCGAUCUCAUGGCCAGUUUGAUUUUGUGAUUGUGCAAUGCAUAAUUAUAACAUUAAGAUAAGGUGCAUGCUCACUCCUCCCGACUCCCAAUGACUCACCCAACAGGCACUGGUUCAUUUUAUCCCUCAUCAGCCAUCUUCAUUUCAACACCGCAGUGUUUCAUUCAGGACAAUAUGGUUUUGUUUAACAUUCUCCGUCCCAAUUAAAAAAAGAGAGAAAAUGUUCUCCAGCA